AGUACUGGUGAUCAGAUGAACAAAGGGUUCUUUUUUACUGAGAUAAGCCAAAUUUGGUAGGGACAUGAAGGACAAAGUUAUAUCACUCCUCUUUGUUUAAGGGCACGAUAUAAAUAGGACCUGUUUUCAUGAACAAGUGUUUUAGGGUUUGUUGCCUUAACCAUGUUAGUUCUCUGAUAAAGAGGUUGGUUGCUAGUCUAACUCAUUAAACACUGUAGUCUGUACCAGCAUAGAUGCCCUAUUUAAUGACAUUUCCUCUUUAAAGUGAAAAUACACAACAACAUCACUCGAUUACUCACAUAACAUUUUCAUCAUAAUAAUCAUACAAGUAGUCACUAGAUUACUCGCAUAACAUUUUAAAAUUACUCUGAAAUUGAAGAGUAAUGUUAAAACUUCUUUUGAUGUCUUCUUCUUGUCAAUUACCAAGUGAGGUAUAAUUUUUUAUACAACUCCUCAGGAGCUGUUUCUUCAAGAUUUCCCCAAAUAAUGAAAUUUCAUAUGCAUAUACAUGACUCCCUUACUUAUUUUCACAUGUCAUAGGUGGGGUCAAAUGGGAUCCAAUCUUAUUGACAUGUGUCGCAACAGGAAUGAAUUUAUUAGUUAACAGUACAAAUCCACAGAUCAAAUGGUAGAAAAUCCAUCUCAAGUACCAAGUUCCAAUCAGUUGGUAGAUCAAGCCACGGAAAAAACUAGAUCAACAACAUCAUCAAAGAGAAGAAGACAUCCUCAUGUAAAUGAUGAUCAUGCAGAUGGUAAUGCUGAAGUCAUUGAAUGCUCAGAUGAUCAUUGUUCAUCAUGCACAGCAAAUGCAGUAGCUGAUUGCAUAGCUGUUUGUUGUUGUCCAUGUGCCAUUGUAAACAUGUUUAUUCUAGCCUUCGUGAAAGUACCUUGGAUGAUGGGAAGAAAAUGUUACAGAUUUGUGAAGAAAAAGGGGAAAAUGUUGGGAAAAAGUGAUAGUAGCAAUAGUAGUAGUACCAGUAGUAGUGGUGGUAGUGGCUUUAGUAGAAGAGAGUAUAAGGAUGUAGUGAUAGAAAGAGAAAGGAGUAACACGAGAAGGGAAAGAGUAAUGCUAGUAGAUGAUGAAAAACUGGUGGAGUUUUCAAGUGGGUUAUUUGUAAAUGGUAAUGGUGAUGAUGGUCAACAACAAAACUUUUGCGCAAGGUUUGAAGCUGAAAAGGUAUGGUUAGAGUUGUAUCAGUUAGGUCAUUUGGGAUUUGGAAGAGUUUCCUUCACUGGAAUAAGUACACAUCAAGGGAAAGCAAAUUAGGUACAAAUAGAAGAAUUUUAAAGGCUUACAUUCUUUUUUGUUCUUCUUUUGUUCUGCUUUUUUGUUUUGACAAAAUCAUGUCUUAUCAAAAUAAGUUUUAACAAAACUAGAAUUUCUUGUACACUAAUUAUAUACUAAUUAAUCAUAUAAGGAGGGAGAAAAAGCCUUGAUUAAUUAAGUAAUUACCUUGUUUUUUCUUCUAAAUUGAUAUAUCUUAGUAUAGACUAUUAACUUCGUACCUUCUAAAUGUAUUUCUUGCCUCCAAAGUGGGAUACUUUUUGUUGAAGAUGUAAUUAAAAUGUAAACGUUUUAUACGUCUGUUGUGAAAUU